AUGAAAACAAAUUCACCAAAAAAUCAAUUUUGGGACGAUUCUUCCUGAAUUGUCUCUGAAGAGUACAAUGAGUCUCCUUCCAAAAAUAGUGUUUAUCAUUGGAAAGGAAAUGCAAAUGCUCUUGAAGAUAUCACUAAAAAAUCAAAAAGUGGGAAGACCAUUUUGAACUAUCCUAUGCUAACUGAGAACUAUCCCUUUCAAAAAUCUGGAGGUAAACUUGAGAGAAGAAGCCUUAUCUCAUCAAAGCAGGCUUCUAUACUUCCCCAAAAUUCAAAAACUUGUGAGUCUUAUAACAAAGUUUCGAAAAAAUUCAAAAAAUCUUCACCAAGAGAUGUACUUCACUUCCCUAAGAACUCAGAAAAAACAAGGUCCUUGAAUUGGAAAGAAAAAUGUGAGAUGAGCAAAAUGAUUUCCUCAUCAAGAAUCCUCUUCCAGCUUCACAAAAAGUCUUAAUUCUUAGUGGAAUUGUCUCAGAUGUGGGGAUGCUUA